GUCAACUUUCUGAUGGAAAUCCUGGGAGAGUAUAUUGGAUGAAAUGAAUUAAGGUUCUGUGUUUAUCAGCCAUGUCAGCCUCGAUCCCUUUAACAACAGUCAGAAGCUGGGUGUUGGUGGUUUAUGUUGAGGAGGAUGUUCUCAGUCACCCGAUACCUUUGGAGGAGAUUGAGGAUCUGUCGGGUCAGAGUGGUGUGGAGGCUGACCUGAGGGAGGAACAGGCAUGUUUAGCUCGUUACUAUGUUGGAGAUGAAAUGCACAGGGCAGUUAUAGUGAAAAGAUCAGAGAAUCAAGAAGAGCUGGUGGACUACUACAACCAUGUCAUGAAGCUGGAAAGGGAUAAAGAAACAACCCAUAGAAAUAAGAGUCUGAGGCAUUACACUAAGGUGAUAGCGGGGAGUGUGGUGGUGGGUGGCCUAGCCGUGGCGGCCGCACCGAUAGCUCUGUCUGCUGCAGGUUUCUCCAGUGGUGGUAUUGUGGCAGGUUCUCUGGCUGCUCGUCUGAUGUCCAUGGCAGCCAUUGCUAAUGGUGGUGGUGUGGCGGCGGCCAGCGCAGGAGGCUGGAUUGCAGCGCUACAGUCAGCGGGGGCUGCUGGGAUAUCUGCCACGACAAAUGCUCUGAUUGGUACAACAGCCGGAGGAUUGUUUGGACUGUUUAGCAGUAGAAAGAAAACCUCAACAGGUAACAAGGAGACAAAAGAGGACAACAGAGAGACAGACGACAUAAGGAGGAUGGCCAAUAGUGCAAGGACAUCAUCAGAAGAAUCAGAUAGAGAUAGACGUACAUCUGACAGUAGUACUGUAGGUUCUCCAGCACAGGCCGCUGUCCCUCAAUCAGGGGACCCCAGGGAUUGUGAGGACCAGGAGGAACUACCCCCCAAAACUGACCAGAGUCCCUCACCAUCAGCCGUCAGUACAGUAGAGCUACCCCCCAAAACUGACCAGGAUCCCUCCAGAUCAGCUGUCAGUACAGUAGUGGAGGAACUGAGUUCUGAUUUUCAGUCUCUUACUUUUAAUGAAGAAGCAGAGAACCUGUAUCGUGAGAACCUGAGACUACUGGAGGAGAAGCAAUGUAAGAUCUGUAUGGACCAGGAGAUGAAUGUAAUGAUGGAGCCAUGUGGACAUAUGUGUGCCUGUCACCAGUGUGCUAACCAGCUCAGAAAAUGUCCAAUUUGUAACCAGAGAGUCAGGAAGUUACACAGGGUGUACAAGUCCUGAAAACAGUCCAUUGUGUACAAGUUCUAACACAGUCCUGUCUCUAUUGGACUUCUACGAGAGUGCUGACUUUUACAGUUGAUGGCUUACUUUUACACCAGGACAAUGUACAGAAGCUCUUUUAUGAAAUAAAUAUCUAACUCAACAUUUAAAUAAAUUAAAAUAAGGGUUAUAUCAAAGCAAAAAAAAGUUGCUCUUGAAGAAAAACUACAACCACCCUACCAUCAACUCCUGGCCUUCACUUCUUAAUGCCCCUGACACCGUACCUAUGAUCAAUUUUCUAUUGGUCAUAGGUACGAUGUUAGGGGUACUAACAAGUUUUGGUUUUCUUUACUAUUAUCAAUUUUGAACCUCUCUGUACAUGAUACAGGUUUAAAUGCCGAAGUAAACCGUCAAUUGUAAAAGUCAGUUCCUCUCGCAAAAGUCCAUUGUCAGGUUGUUGUAAAUGUUAUAACUUUUUGUUAAGUUAGUUAAUUUAUAUUUUAUUUGUGGUCAGAAGUGUUCAGUACACUGUAUAUUUUAAUUUGAGCCACAGUGAGAUAUUCACUAUGUGAUAUUUUUUGUCCCUGUAUUAAUCGAUAAAUGUUUAUAAAUUGAAUUUUUGUCCCUGUGACAAUAAAAUGUUUACAGUGUUCACAUGUUCUUAUGUAUAUAAUUAUUUGAAUAAUAAAUUAUUUCAUUAAUUUGA